AUGCUUCUUUUCUUAUUUUCUGUGCCGCUUGUUAGCGCGGGGCUAGAAGUUAGAGGAAGAACUCCGGACGUGUUUUACGAUUACGAAGUUGAUUGUUCGGACGAAUACUGGCAAUUCAAUGAUCCUGAGUGCCAGCAAGAAAUAACUAAUGAAGAGAACACUCGAGUUGGAGAUAGAAUUUAUCCUAUCAUGGGAGACUGGAGCACAUGGACUGCCUGUGACAAAUCUUGUGAAGAAGGUAGUCAAACAAGGGUCCGGUUUUGUGCGAAGGAAGAUAUUUGCCACGAGGAGAGCCAGAAAGAGGUCCGUGCAUGCAACACAAAAAUAAGGCGCAAUAGAAGUCCGUGGAAUGAAUGGUCCUCAUGCUCUUCGGAUUGCACAAGAUUCCGUCUGAAGGUCUGCAAAGACGAUAACUUCUGUGGAUGUCGAGAUCUUCGUCGGACAGAAGAUUGCUCAAAUGGAAUGUGCAGACGCUGCAUGGCUAAUCCAGAAAACUGGGAAGACAGCAGCGGUGACACAUGUGUUGCAUAUGGAAAAGAAGGCUGGUGCAAUGAGCAUGGAGAAAAGGGACCAAACUGGCCAACAACUGGACAUUUAGCUAAAGCGACUUUCGACACAUACUCCAAUGAGGGAUUCAAUGCCAGACAGUGUCCGGAAUGUGGAUGUACUGAAGUUUGA